CUCUAUUCUGCUAUCCUUUGAUCUCUUGAAUAGUAUAAUAUAAGAACCCCCUCCAGCCAAGCUAUCCUUAAUUUACCACAUAAUACAUUCCAUCUUCAUCCACCAAUUCAAUAACCUCCCUCCACCCAUCAACACAAAUCAUACAUUAUCCAAUGGACACCAUCCGCCAAAAUAUCGAAACCGCCAAAGCCAAGGGCAAGGAAUAUUAUGAUAGUAUGAUGGGGGAGCAGUCCAACACGGGUUCAUCGACCAAUUAUACCGAUCAGGCUAAGGAUUCUUUUAAUCGCAUGAUGGGACAAGGCUCCGAAUACUCCGACCAGGCGAAAAAUAAGGCCAAUGAUAUGAUGGACCAGUCGAAGAAUUACAUGCCCGAGUCCAAGGGAGACCAUUAAUCGAUGGAAACAGUAUACAAAUAAAGUAAUAUGAAUCAAUAACAGUAAUAUGAAUAAGUCCAUGAAU